AUGGCAGAUAAUUCGGAGCGAAAGAGUCAAGAGGUGGUGGAGGAGGAGAUCUCAAGGCCUGGUUCCACGAAUGAGGCUUUUAGGAAGCUAUGGACGAAACGAACCCUUGGUUUUGCCAUCGGAUGUAUUCUUGUCAUGUUCUUCUUCAUGAACCUGACCGUCUAUACAGGCAAUGUCUACGAGCCGUAUGCGACAAGUCACUUCAAGGCACAUUCUCUCCUUGCGACUGGUGCCAUCGUCAACGGGCUCGUGCGCAUCGUGUCGUACCCACUGCUCGCUAAGCUCGCCAAUUAUUUUGGACGUCCCCAGAGCUUUGCUGGUGCUGCUAUCUGCAUGGCCAUCGGCAACGCCAUGUACGCAGGCUGUUCCAACGUCGACACCUUCUUAGCAGGUGGAAUCUUUGACGUCUUCGGCGAUACAUGGUGGAACAUCAUCCAGCAGAUCUUCGUCGCUGACAUAACAACCCUCGUCAACCGUGGUAUAAUCUUCACCCUUCCCGAAUCCCUCUCCGCGAUCCCCACCCUCUACGGCGGAACUUAUCUCGGCGAACACAUGCUCCUGCACUCAAGCUGGAGAUGGGGUUAUGGUAUGUGGGCUAUCAUUCUACCUGUCACUGCUAUUCCGACGAUUGGUAUCAUGAUCUGGAUGAAUCGCCGGGCUAAGCGCAUUGGUCUGAUCACGGAGAAGAUCUCGUUCAUGCAUGGUGCUGAGCCUGGUGUUGUUGGGAAGAUUAAGCAUGUUGCUACGCAGCUUGAUCUUAUUGGCGCACUUCUCCUCAUUGGUGGUUUGGCUAUGACGCUGUUGCCGAUGACGAUUGCGGGAAGGAAUAAUACCGAUCGAUGGAGUAGGCCUUCGUCUAUUGUUCUCAUCAUCGUUGGUGUUUUGACCUUCAUCGCUUUCCUGGUUUGGGACGGAAAGUUCGCGUCGAACCCGAUUAUUCCUUACCGAACGAUCCGCGAGCGCAACGUCAUUGUCGCAUGCGCAUCAUGUAUCGUCAUCGCCAUGGCUGAUAGUAUCUACCGACCUUUCCUUUCGAGCUUCCUCCAAGUUGCGGGUCAUUACUCUCCUGGAGCUGCAACGCGGGUCGAUAACGCUCAGCGCGUGGCGUACAACAUUGGUGCACUCGUCGCUGGUCUUUCACUCAAGUUCACCAAAAACACAAAGCCCUUCAUCAUGCUUGGAGUUGUCCUGAUCAUCCUCGCCUGUGGUCUUCCAAUCUACCUUACCAACAUUUCCGGCACCCACAUCGCCAGCGAAGCUGCAUUCAUCACCUCCAAGUCUCUUCUCGGAGUUGGCCGUGGUUUCACCCAGGUCCCACUUCAAGUUUCACUCCAGGCCGUCCUUGAAAACGAGCAAGUCGGCAUUGCAACAGCCGUCUUCCUCUCAUCGCUCGGCUUUGGCUCCAACCUUGGCGUAACCAUCAGCGGCGCCAUCUGGAACUCUGUCCUCCCCCGAAAGCUCAAAGCGUACUUCGGAGAGGAGGAAGGCGGCAAGAUCUUUGGUUCUAUCGUGGUUGCGCGUGCAUACGAAGCUGGAACUGCUGAUAGAAAUGCCGUUGAUGAAUGCUACCGCCAGACUCAGCAGACCCUGGCCAUUGGAUCAGUCUGUGUAUCAGGACUUCUCCUGGUGAUGGUUUAUCUUGUUCGCAAUGUUAAGCUUGGAGCUGAGGAUGAGAAGAGAGCGGCACAGGCUGACAAGGAGCUUGCUUGGGCUAUCAAGCAUAAAGAGGCUCAAGAGGAUGCCCCCGUUGAACUCGAGAGUGGAAGGCGUUAA